UAGAAAAAUCUUUGCUACAACCAGUCUCUUUGAAACUACCAGUUUGUAAACCAAUAUUUGAUACUACACUACCCAUAAUACUACGUCCCGUCUUUGAACGUCACGUCAGCCCAAGACGAGUCACGCACGACUCUUGGGCAUUAACAUUUCAAACUUACAGUGCAGUCUUUUUAUUCCUGAGACGUGCAGAUACAGUUAACGUUACCUAUAUGCAACAAAGACAACUAGAACACUCUAAUUUCAAACUGUCUUUACGUAGUGCAUCCGAUAACCAUGGAUAUAUUUUUAAAAAGCUGUCGCAAUGAACUGAAGGGGAACGCAGAGGGCAGCCCAGGGUUCCAUGUGGUCCUGGGGAAUGAGGCCUGUGACCUGGACUCCAUGGUGUCAGCUCUGGCCUACGCAUACUUCCUGUCCAAGACACUUGAUUCUGGGAAAGUUCCUCUUCCCGUUCUGAACAUUCCCCGGCAAGAGUUCCCGCUGCGCACGGACAAUGCCUUCCUGCUGAGAGAGAGUGGCCUCUCCCAGGAUGACCUGGUGUUCCGGGACGAGGUGGACCUGGGGAGUCUACACCGGGCUGGCCGGCUGGACCUCACACUGGUGGACCACAACGUGCUGCCCAGCUCUGACUGUGAUCUAGAAGAGGUGGUGUUGGAGGUGAUCGACCAUCACCUCCUGGAGAGGAAGCCCUCUCCCUCCUGUCCCGUUACCGUGGAGACGGUGGGCUCCUGCUCCACCCUGGUGGCAGAACGGAUCAUCCAGAAAGCCCCUGAAGUCCUCGACCAACAGGUGGCCCAGCUCUUAUAUGGCACCAUAGUGUUAGACUGUGUGAACAUGGCCCCAGAGGCAGGGAAAGUCACCCCUAAAGACAGCCAGUACGCUGGCCUCCUGGAGACGCACUUCCCCAACCUGCCACCAAGGGGCGUCCUCUUCCAGUCCUUGCAGAAUGCUAAAUUUGACGUGUCAGGUCUUACCACAGAACAGAUGCUUCUGAAAGACAUGAAGGUGGCAUCGGAAGGAGAUUUAAAACUGGCAGUCAGUGUGAUAUAUAUGACACUGGAGGCUUUUCUACAGAGACAAAGCUUACAGCAAGAGCUCUGUGAGUUCUGCCACAAGCACAGCUACAACCUGGUGGUGGCCAUGACGAUCUCCUUCAACGAUAACAAGGAGCCCUUCAGGCAGCUGGCCGUCUACAGCUCCAGCACCCUCUACAGGGGGGAGAUGAGCCAAGCCUUGGAGCAAGCCCGGAGCCCCAGUCUGAGCCUGAGUCCAAUGAGCAGCCCUUACUCGGACAUCAGGGCUUACCUCCAGGGCAACACGUUGGCCUCCAGGAAGAAGGUGCUGCCCAUCAUCAAGGACUUCCUGAGGGACAGGGAGCGAAGAGAGGUGCAUUGUGGGACCCUAGAGGAGAGUUACGAGGUACCACAGCAACGAACGUGCACUGAGGACGCUGGGAUAGAGGAGGACUCCUACUUCCCCCCCACCCCUAUGAACAGUCUGGUGGAGGGCUGUCCCCUUGACAACGGACUGCCCAAGAUCAGCGCUGAAGCUCUGACGGAGAAGUUCAGCAAGAUGGCCAGCGAAGAGGAGAACGCAGGGGACUCUGAUGUCACUCACACUCCUGGUGGUCAGCGGAGCACCCAAGCUCACUAACCUGUAUAACAGCUGGAUGGCCAGAGUUCUCGCAACAGGAUUCAGACCAGUCAGUACAGAUUGUUUGUGACUGUGCAGGGUGUUGAGCUCGGCACAACAUUGAUCCGCUGGGACGAGGACUGGGAGGCACACUGUUCCCAAUCCAGAGGAGUAAACAAUCCACUGGCAAUCAUAUUGGAGAUGAUGGAAAUGCAUUGAAAAUAUUAGUGACACCCGUGCUUUACGUUGGUGACACCCGUGCUUUACGUUAGUGACACCCGUGCUUUACGUUAGUGACACCCGUGCUUUACGUUAGUGACACCCAUGCUUUACGUUAGUGACACCCGUGCUUU